AGUAAGAAGAGGUAAGAAAAAGAGGAAGAAAGGGUUUUCUUUGAUACGAAAUUGUGGAAAGGUUACCGUCGUCGCGUUUGAAGCUAAUCAUUCAUCAGAGUUAGCCAUGGCUCUCACCAACGGACUCAGAUCUGCGGCGAAGCUAAUCGCUUCUUCCGAAUCUUCCCUCUCUAACUCAGUGAGCAGAGGUUUUCAUUCAACUGGCAUGAAGAGGAUGGGAGGUGGACACGGCCAUGAUGAACCAUACUAUAUGCAUGCGAAGCACAUGUACAACUUGGACAGGAUGAAGUAUCAAGGGUUGAAAAUGUCCCUUGCUGUGUUCACUGCUUUCAGCAUUGGUGUUGCAGUUCCUGUCUAUGCAGUCAUUUUCCAGCAAAAGAAGACAGCUUCUGGCUAGCUCAUCUUUUCCUUCAUAUUCAACAAUAAGGUGGAUUUGGGGAUCCUAGACUAGCAUAUUGGUUUGAUGGUUAUUAUUGUUUUGAACUUUGUUCAUGUUUAACCCUCUAUAUGGAUUUUCCAUAUAUCUCUUGUAAUAAUCGAUUCCUCUGACUUCCAAAUACUUGGAUUCUUGGUUCUUCAUGAGGUUCAUCAAUAGUUCGAUACAUUGGAAUUAGCAAGUUUGCAAUCA